AUGGCCAUGUGCGAGGACUGUGGCGGCGCGUCGUCGUCGUCGGUGCAGCCGGCGGCAGCGGCCGCCAUGGCGUACGGGCGCGUGGAGCCGCCGCCGUUCUGGUCCACGCCGACGCCGUACCUCUUCAUCGGCUUCGCGGUGGUGAUGGCGCUCAUCGCCGUGGCGCUGGCCGUGCUCCUCUGCUCCCGCCGCAAGGAGGAAGAGGAAGGCCGCCGCGGCGCGGAGCCUGGCGUCAUGUCUGUCGUGCGCGUGCUGGCGCCGCUGGACAGGGAGGACGCCAUGCCCAAGGUGCUCGUCGUCAUGGCCGGCCACAGCGCGCCGUCGUUCCUCGCCAGCGCCGCCCCGUUUGCCACCAGCUUCACUACUGACGCCGCCGACGGGGUGGCCAAGCCGCCGCAGCACGGAAGCUGCGGCGGCAAGGACGGCAAGACGCGGCCACCGCCGCCGUGUAGGCUUCCCUGCCGCUCGGCGCCCACCGAUCGACCGGCCGUUUGA